CAGAUACACAAAUACCAUACUAGAAACAAACACACGCCCCGAUCUCUCUCUCUCUCUCUCUCUCUUGCAGCAGCCAAGAAAAAUGGCGCCGGUGAAGGUGUUCGGGCCGGCGGCGUUUGCUAACGUGGCCCGGGUGCUAGUGUGCCUGGAGGAGGUCGGCGCCGACUACGAGGUCGUCGACAUAGAUUUCAUGGCCCUGGAGCACAAGAGCCCCGAGCACCUCACCAGAAACCCGUUCGGGCAAAUCCCUGCUUUCCAGGAUGGCGAUCUGAUCCUCUUCGAGUCACGCGCAAUUUCAAAGUACGUGAUCCACAAGUACAAGAUGAAUGAAGCCAAUCUGAUGAGGGAAGGUAACUUGAAAGAAGCCAUAAUGGUGGACAUAUGGACCGAGGUCGAGGCACACACCUACAACCCAGCCCUCUCGCCGGUCGUGUAUGAGUGCCUCUUUAACCCGCUCUUGCAAGGCAUACCCACCAACCAAAAGGUGGUGGAUGAAAGCCUGGAAAAGCUGAAAAAGGUGCUGGAGAUGUACGAGGAGCAUUUGUCCAAACACAAGUACUUGGCGGGGGAUUUCAUUAGUUUUGCGGAUCUCAACCAUUUCCCCUACACUUUCUAUUUCAUGGCAACUCCUCACGCAGUCCUAUUCGACUCAUACCCUCACGUGAAGGCGUGGUGGGAGAGCCUCGUGGCAAGGCCGUCAAUCAAGAAGCUUGGCGCAAGCAUGGCUGCACUUACGACAUGAUUUGCAGGGCAGAUUUCACAUUAUGGGAUCACAUCACUGAUUUGUAUGGUGUUCUUAUUCAUGGUAUUGGAAGUCAAUAAGCUUGUAUCCCUAGAAUUGCAUGAGUGUGUAUUUUUUGUGUGCUUGCCUAUAUGUUAUAUGUUGGAUUUAUUUAAAUGGAACAAUGCUUUCAGAUUUGUUGCA